CUGAGUGUCGGCGAAGAUAAUCAGUGUGUAAGUAUGUGCCCGUGUCCGAGAUGAGCCUUCAUCCAGCGGGUUAGAAAGCGAGCGUGAGACAGCUAAGAGAUUCCCUGACUGAGGGAGACAGAGACAGGCCGGACACAGCUCGAGCCGCGAGCCGGGAGAGGCGAUGAUGGCGGCGGCCAUAGAGAGAGGAGGGGUCCGGGCCGCCUUCAUGAAUCCAGGCACUGGAGGCGUCGGUGUCGGUGGUCUCGCACCGGGGGUCGGGUUCGCUGCUCCCGGAGUCAUGACCGGAUCAGGAGCUGCAGCCUCGGGCUCUUCAGGUCCUCUUCCUGUUCCCAUGAACCUUUUUGCGACGUGGGAGAUCGACCGAUCCUCUCCGAGCUGCGUCCCGAGGCUGUGCAGCCUCACACUGAAGAAGCUGAUUGUUUUGAAGGAGCUGGACCGGGAACUCAACUCUGUGGUCAUCGCUGUUAAGAUUCAGGGGUCCAAACGUAUCUUGAGGUCCAAUGAGUACAUGCUUCCUCCCAGUGGCCUGAUGGAGACAGAUCUGGAGCUCACCUUUUCCCUACAGUAUCCCCACUUCCUGAAGAGAGAUGCUAACCGCUUGCAGAUCAUGCUCCAGAGAAGAAAACGCUAUAAAAACCGGACCAUCCUGGGCUACAAGACUCUCGCUGUGGGUGUUAUCAACAUGGCAGAGGUGAUGCAGCACCCGACAGAUGGAGGACAGAUUCUGGGUCUCCAUAGCAACGUAAAGGAAGCCCCUGUACGUGCGGCAGAGUUAAGUGUGUAUUCCCUGUCCAGUCAGCCCAUUGACCCAGAGGACGGCAGCGGACAGCCAGGGGCAAAGGUGAAAGCUUCAGAUCGAUCUCCAGAUAUGGAUAACUAUUCAGAAGAUGACGAUGACAGCUACUCGUCAGAGCAGGAGGCCAGUGAUGAUGCUGUUCAGGCCCAAGACCUGUACGAUGAGGAUGACGAUGUCCAGCGAAAGCCAAAGAAAACACGACGGAAAAUGAUCCGAACUACCUCCAUAACUCGGCAACCUAAUUUCAAGCAGAAGUUUGUUGCCCUUCUGAAGAGGUUCAAAGUUUCAGAUGAGGUUCUGGACUCAGACCCGGUGGAUCAGACUCAGGAGGUGGAGGAGGAUCUGGAUCUGUUGUACGACAGCCUGGAGGUGUAUAACCAGAGCGACAGCGGCCCGGAGAUGGAGGACAACGACAGCGUACUCAGUACCCCGAAACCUAAGCUCAAGCCAUUCUUUGAGGGCAUGUCUCACUCUAGCUCUCAAACUGAAAUCGGGAGUUUGCCCAGUCAGAAGAGUCAGCCCAGAGAUCAGUCUGCUGCUGGUGGAGACCUGCUUGCAGUGGAGAAGGACAGAGCAGCAGCUGGCCGGUACCAGGAUGAGACGUCUAUAGUGGAGGCUAUAGCGGGGGAGGCGGCUGAGGAGGACGCAGGAGUGGGAGGAGCGCCAAGCCAACAUGAUGCCAACCUGAGCUGGGACAUGAGCAUGGAGAAACUGGCCAACUCGAUGGGCAAAAUCUGCAAGACCGAGUCUCAGAAUAUGAUGUCUCCUAGUAAAACAGACAACAAGCUGCAGAGACGACCGCGCAGCACGUCGAUGAAGGACAGACAGAGCUCGAAAGCUCAGAGCGACCGAACCAGUAGCAUCGACAGUGAAACCUCACCUGACUCCAGACUCACUGUGCAGGUUCCCAGGAAGUCAGUGUACGACCAGCUCAAUCAGAUCCUCAACUCAGAUGAGCAGCUGCCGGAGAGCAUCAUCCUCAUCAACACUACCGACUGGCAGGGCCAGUAUCUGAAUGAGAUCCUCCAUGAGCACAAGCAGCCCAUCGUCUCAACCAUCUCUGCCGCUGAUGUCCAGGCGGCCUUCAACACCAUCGUCACCAGGAUCCAGAGAUUCUGUAACUGCAACGCACAGACGCCACCCACCAUUAAGGUGGCCGUGGCGGGAGACCAGAGUUACCUGAGCACUGUGCUGAGGUGCUUUGUGGAGCAGCUCGCUAACAAGACGCCUGAUUGGCUGAGCUAUAUCCGCUUCCUUGUCAUUCCUGUCGGUUGCCACCCUGUGGCGAAGUACAUCUCAUCUUUCGAUAAUAAGUUCAGCAGCAUUUUCUUGGACGCUGGCUGGAGAGAUGUGUUUGGGAGGUUAGAGGCCCCGACAUCAGACAACAUCGAUGUGGCUGGCCGAGUGUCUCAGUAUCUGGCAGGAGCAAACAUGUCCCAUCACUUCCCCAUCUCUGAGGCCAUGCUCACCUACAAACAAAAAAGGAAAAGAAGUUUGUAUUUUGAUUUUUACAUCAGCCCUGACGAGGACUCGUGCCAGAAGUUUGUGCCGUUCAUUGGGUUGGUGAAAGUAGGCAUUGUUGAGCACAACCUGUCCACGUCAGUGGAUUCUGAUGAUGCCAAUGUGAUGGGCAGUUUGAACAUGCUGUCUUCACCUCCAGCCCAGACUGGGACACCAUACGGGAAAGACAUGACCUGCACUCCUCCUUCCUCUCCCUCUGUCUCGGCUAGUCUGUCUGGAGCAGGUUCUCCAGGCUCAGGUGGAGAGGUGAUGGGACUGCAGGUGGAUUACUGGACGUGUCAGGGUGCAGAGAAGAAGAAGGACGGAGAGAAAAGAGACGUGGGAAUGAAGAACACGCUGAAGAGCAAUUUCCGCUCCAUGCAGGUCUCACGCAUCCCUGGAGGAGGAGAGCUCACUCCACCUCACGGCAUGGCCAUGACCGUCGUCAUGAAAGAGAAAAAUAAGAAAGUGAUUUUCCUCAGCAAGAAGCCGAAGGAAAAGGACGUGGACUCCAAGAGCCAGGUGAUCGAUGGUAUUAGUAGGCUGAUCUGCACGGCCAAACACCAACACACCAUGCUGAGAGUCUCCAUUGAUGGUGUGGAGUGGCAUGAUGUGAAGUUUUUCCAGCUGGCCGCGCAGUGGCCCACCCAUGUAAAGCACUUCCCCGUGGGAAUCUUUGGCUACACCAAGUCCCUGUAACAAGCCCGUGAUGCUCUGGAACUUUCUCCGGCGCACACCUCAUGAAGCAAGGGAGAGACUGGCUGAGGAAAAAGGGAGACUGAAAAAAAAUUAACCCUGAAAUGUGGAUUUUCCUGUGGAAACGCUCUGAAGCCUGUGUCCCAAACUACAUGGAUGUUGUUGUUAUUAAUGUUCUGUUCUUGGCUGAUGCACCAGCAAAAGGAAGGUUUGUUUGUAAUGUUUUAUAUAUAUAUAUAUAUAUAUAUAUAUAUAUAUAUAUAUAUAUAUAUAUAUAUAUAUAUAUAUAUAUAUAUAUAUGCGCUGCCAUUUUUGUAUACAUAUUGUGGUUAGAAUUUUGUAGCCACCACGUAAUGGCAGCUUGGUUUUUGCACUUUGUUUGGUUAGCAUUUUUAUUAUUUCAAUGAAAUCCUGUGGUCGUAUUUGUUCUGUGUACAAGGUGGUGUGUGUGACGGUGGUGGUGGUGCAGAAGUGAUGGUGAUUGUACUGAAAAGGGGGGGUUGUUGGGACAGGUGGGGUGGGAUCAGGUUUGCUCUUCAGAGUGAUUCAGACCUUGCUGUGAAAUUUAAAGAGCUCAUCUUUUUUUAACGGCUCUUCUUGUCAAGAUUGUAGGUUGAGAGAUGUCGAGAGAAGGGACUCGCACCCAUUACUCCAGAAAUACUCCAGCGUCUUACAGCCCGAUCUGUAUUUGCCAAAUAGUAGCAUAUAUGUGAUUACGACACACAAGACCUUCAACACAUUAUCCUGUACUGAGAAAAUGACUUCAAAAUAAUUGAAACUCACCUAUAAUGUUAAUCUAAGGGCGGGUGUUGAAUUCCAGCGAUAAAAACGUACAAGAUGUGGCUAUGUUACGCAAAUUCAAAACUACACACUUUUACAUUCUUGACAUGAGAGAAUGUCUUCUAUCAACCACCGUGUAACUGAUUGUUUAACACUGGAGCAAUACAGUAAAUAUUCAAGUUACUUACACAUUCCCAAAGGUUUUAUGGUGCCCAUGCACCAUUAGGCCCACACAACUUAAACCUACAUUCACACUAGAAAGCGAUGAGCAUUAAAGGGCAACGUGCAGCUGUUUUGAUACCGAGCUCUAUGUAGCGUCAACUUAAAUAACACACUGAUGAGUGUGAGAAUUGUUUAUUAAUGUACAUUUGAUGUGCUAAACUUUGUACUCGCUCGAUGGCAGAUUAGCUAAGCAUUCUAACGUCUCUGCUAUUUCCUUCCAAGCUUUAUUUCCCUUCAUACUUCUAUACACACUUAAUCACAGGUCGUUUAUAAUUGGAGAAGAUUUAAAUCAUGUUUACCUCCCAUUCUUCUGUGUCAAACAAUAAAUGGGAACUAAUACAAGUAGGAAUUAAAGUUGUAAGUGGGGAACUAAAGAAAUGUCAGACCACACGCACCACAUGAAUCAUUUGAGGCUUCUUUUUUCCCCACUUUACCACGUCGUGCUAUUAAUGCGCAAUGAAAUUGUGGCCCAUGCAUAGAAAAUGAAUGGUUGCCUGUCAACACAGGGUAAUGCACAGCAACAACUUCUUCCCUCGGAAAAAAUGCAGUCCUCUCUUUGAAAUCUGAUUUCGAACUGAAUUUACUUCACUAAUACCUUUGACUAAAGAACUAAGGAAAGCGUUCGCCAACUGUCUUUAUACUUUCUAUUAUUAUUAUUCCAUUAUUAUUUACCUGGAAGUGAGUUCCAAGUCAACGGUUUUAGUUCCUUUUCUCAGUACAGGGAAACGUGUCGAUAUUAUUGUCUAGUGUAAUAGCACAUAUACACUACAAUAGAGUACAGUAGAUAAAGAUUAGAUUGAAAAAAAAAGACGCUGGGGUAUUCGUUUAAAGCAGUGCUUAGCAUGUAGUUCGCCUGGUUUGACUCUAGAGCACAGUGAUCUGUAAGCAAAACAAAGGAACACUAUGAAUUAGAUGCUGCUCUCGCCCUGUCAGAGCUUUAAACUAAAAGGAGGGAAACUCAGUUUGGUGCAAAUUUAAAGGGAGAUUCGAAAUUUGGCCCGUGACUACGAUAUAGAUACCUCAGUUUGAGGAACGUUUCGAUAUAGAUCUGCACUCAGACCAAAAACUGCCGCACCCUCCAUACGCAUUGCAUGAUAAAAAUGUGCCCUUUAAGUAAGUGUGUUAUUGAUGUGUAGGCAAGACUCUAGAGACGUCUCCGAUUUAUGACUGCAAAAAUAUUCGGACACGCCAUAUUAGACUUGGUUUUAACGAAUUAACUAGGGAAGUGCACUAGGGCUUUAUUGAGUGUACUUGCUAGAGUGAUAUUGUGCACACAGGGUCAGUUGCGUCAGCUGUUGACUGCCAUUAAAGGGCUUGUGCUAAAAGACAACAAGUUGAGAGUAAGGUGCUCUAUCUUUUUACAGUAGAGCUGUGUUUUUGUAUAUCCAUUCUCUCAAUAAUCCCUUUACACAUCUCUGUGUGUGUGUGUAUAUAUAUAUAUAUAUAUAUAUAUAUAUAUAUAUAUAUAUAUAUAUAUAUAUGUGUGUGUGUGUGUGUGUGUGUGUGUGUGUGUGUGUGUGUGUGUGUGGGUGUGUGUGGUUGAAGAUAAUGAACAUGAACAGAAAGUGAAUCAUUCGGAGAUUGUCAAAAUGGUUAAGUUUUAAAAGGGUUCAGUUGUGGCGCUGUGUGUAUAUAUAUGUGUGUGUGUGUGUGUGUGUGUGUGUGUGUGUGUUACGGCACGUGUGUUUGAAGGGAGAGGAGAACCAGGAGAAGGUCUUCAGCAUGAUUUGAGGCUGAGGGCAUUUCUGUAAGCAUUGCAGUGUUAUUCUAUAUUAUCUUUUUUUUUUUUCUUCUAUAUAAACCAAGUUGAGACUGGUACACUGUUACAUAUAGAGGGGUUGUGUGUAGUCUCAUUGUCAAUUGUACAAAAAUGUUCAUUUUAUGUCAUGGCUCUACAGUGCAUUUCAUUGGACAGCUUGGCUUCGUUUUGUAGGCAGUUACCAGGCUGAAUUUUGUUCAUCAGACAUUUGGACUUUUAGAAGUUCUGUUAUGAAGCACUACAAUGAUGCAAGCUUGCCCUCCUUUACAGCCAAGAGAGAUUGGUUAAAAAACAAAAACAAAAACAAAAAAACACUUAAUAUGUGGCCAGUCUGUUUGUCGAGAUAAAGAUCUGCAGACAUAUUUUGCACAAAUGUCAUUUUAAGUUAUAUGACAGUAUUCCUUUGAGGUAAACCACUGAGGCAAGCUUCGCUCCUUAUGUUCCCGUUCCAUAUGUGGACGUAUGUAUUUUUGUUUUGUAUUGUUUUUACUCUGUUCGGUUGUCUUAAAAACGGUUGUGAAUACAGAAACAAUUUUAACCUUGCCUGCAUUACUUUGAACUGUUAUUGUUAUUAACAUGUUGUUUUGUAUGACCCUUUUAAAGGAGUUGACCUCUUUUAUAGGACAUUUUGUGUUCAGUUAAGGAUUUGGAGCAUUUCACAUGUAACUGAAUACAGGAAAAAAAAUGAACCCGUGUGUUCUGUUUUAUGAGUGCACAGACAAAUACUUUUGUUUAGCUUUUUUUCUGUAUUUGAUAAAUACAUAACAUUGUGUAAAUUGAUGAAAUAAACGCUAAAGCUAUAACCUGUGUACUUAA